AUUGUCAUAAUUUAAGUCUCACUCCCGACCCGACACGCAAAUUAUAAAGGAUUUUACGAAAUCAAAAAUAUUAAAAAUAAACAAUUCAUGUUAAACCCAAGUUAAAUUCAUAAUUAUGUAUACAUUACUUUCGGGGCUAUACAGAUAUUAUACGCAAAAAGAUGAAUAUUGUAUUGUCAUCCUUGGACUGGACAAUGCAGGAAAGACGACUUAUCUGGAAGCAGCCAAAACCAAGUUCACAAAGAACUACAAGGGUAUGAAUCCAUCUAAGAUAACUACGACUGUUGGCCUAAAUAUUGGUCAAGUCGAUGUCCAGGGCAUCCGACUGAACUUCUGGGAUUUAGGUGGACAAACAGAAUUACAAUCGUUAUGGGAUAAGUACUAUGAAGAGUGCCAUGGUGUAAUUUAUGUCAUAGACUCCAAUGACCGUGACAGGAUGGAAGAAUCGAAAUUGAUUUUUGAUACUAUGAUAAAGAAUGACCAUUUGUCAGGAGUACCAUUACUUGUUUUGGCCAAUAAACAGGAUCUUCCUGAUGUCAUGGGCGUAAGAGAAAUAAAACCUGUGUUCCAGCAAGCUGGCGAACAUAUUGGGAGGAGAGAUUGUCUGAUUAUGCCCGUGUCCGCUCUUACGGGGGAAGGUGUUGACGAAGGCAUUCAAUGGCUUGUCGAAGCUGUGAAGAGGAACUCAAUCGUUCGACCACCUAUGGAAAACGACUGAAUCUCACUACUCCCUCGAUCUUCUCUUCCUAUUAAUAUAUAUUAAAAAAAAACCUAUUCCACACGUAAACUUUAAAAUGUAGUUUAAUGCAUGUAAAUAAUCCACAAGGUGUAACUUCUUUGUGUCUCUAAUCUUUAUUUUAUAAGGUUGAAUUGAAACAAAACAAUUAAAAAAAAAUACCUAACAUUAUUAUUUACAAAAC